AUGGAGGAGUUUCUCGUGCCCUAUCCCACAUCUUCUGCUCCCACAAUUUUUGUUGGGCCGAGCUCUGACAUUGCAAUUGUUCAUGACGAAAACACAAUUGUUGUUCACAAAAGCAAUAAUAGACUCAUCAAUAAUAGUUUCGAUGAUAGUAACAGUGACGACGGUUUCAAUUUUCCUCCCGGGUUUCGGUUUUGCCCCUCAGAUGAUGAGCUCAUCGAAUGUUACCUGUGGAAGAUGGUCCAGAAUCAGCCGUUACCGCCCAACAAAAUUCACGAGGUUAACCUCUACAAGUUUAGCCCGAGGGAGCUCUCAGAGAUGUAUGAGACUAUUGGAGAAAAAGAUUGGUAUUUCUUUACGCCAAGAGACCGGAAGUAUAAGAAUGGCCAGAGGCCAAACCGGGCUGCUGGAAGUGGGUUUUGGAAGGCCACGGGUGCUGAUAAAUCUAUAAUGAACAAACGGAAGGUUUUGGUGGGCUAUAGGAAAGCUUUGGUGUUUUAUGAAGGGAAGCCUCCAAGGGGUGUGAAGACUAAUUGGAUCAUGCACGAAUACAGGGUCGAAGGGGCCCCAUCCCCUCGGCCCCGAGGGGAUGCCAAUGACAUGAGGCUGGAUGAUUGGGUUCUCUGCAGGAUCUACAAUAAAACUGGCAAGUCGUCGGAGAAGAAGUUGGGGAAGAAGUUUUCACCGCCGCCGGCUGCUCUGCCGGAGGCCGCUCAGGCGGUGGCGGUGAUGUCACCGUCACUGCCGCCACCGCCACCGCAGAUUGAACCUAUGCUAAUCCGCGGCGAUGAAUUUGCACUGGCACAAUUCUCGUUCCUAUCUGGGCAGGAUGAAAUGGAUGAAUUGCCGGCCUUCUAUUACCUUACUACUAUGGACAAUGAUAUGAUUGCCAAUGAUCAGCCCUUCCACACUGCAGAUCUGGAGAACCUCUUCAUUACUGAGAAUGAUGAUUCAAUUCCAAAACCCAUGGAAUAA